AUGACAGCGACGGUGCUGAAGACAAUAUGGCGGUCGCUGGUGGUGACGGUGCCGGUGACGAUAGUGGUGGUCGACUGCGUGGGAUACGUGGCCAAAGUGGAGGGCAUGUCAAUGAAGCCCACGUUCAAUCUGGAGGACGACAAGGGCUCAGACAUUGUGCUACUGUCCCACUGGGCCUCCAGGAGGUUCGACAUCAAGAGGGGACAGAUAGUGUCGAUUGUGUCGCCCCGGGAGCCCAACCAACUCAUC